CAAGAAAUUAUUCCUACGGUGAAGAGGCCGAUUUCGAAAACCUGAGAUCGCCAAUAAUCAUGCCAGCCGAGAUUACCACUGGAACCUCAAGUCCCAGUCAGACCGUUCAGAAUAAAGGAAAGGGAAGAACGCCAGAGGAAGAGAAGCUCUCGACAAAACAAGUUGCAAAUGAGUAUCAACUGAAAGCAAUCGAAUGGAUUGAUCCUUCUUUGGGAGAAAUACGACGUUUGAAGGUCAUCACUCAGAACGAGAAUGGACCCUGCCCCUUGUUAGCAUUAUGGUUAAUCGAAAUUAAACCGUAUGACAGACCAUCAGUAACUUAUGAUUAUCUUGUGGAGUUGCUAGGAGACUACUUGUUGAAAACAAUCCCGUUCGGAGAGGCCGAGAUUCAAAAAGGGCUGCAGGAAUUGACGAUUGGUAAAUCAUCACCGAAGGGUCAGGAACAGCAAGAACUGUCAGGGGAAUCCAUAAGUAGAAAUGAUAACGGUCUAGAUAGAAAACAGAUAGAUGUCGAAAAUAAAAAUGAAAAAGACAUCGCAACAUCCAAUCAGAUAUCCACAAGACCAUCACUACAAGAUUAUCAUCAUACAUUAAACACAGCGUUAUCUAUCAUUCCUUCUCUGCAAACUGGUUUGGAUGUAAAUGUCAGGUUUAACUCUAUUCAUGGAUUUGAGCCCACUGCUGAACUAUCGGUGUUUGAUGUUUUCAAUGUAGAGUUGGUUCAUGGGUGGGUGGUUGAUCCACAAGAUCAAGACACGUGGGAUGUUGUGGUGGGAAAAUGUGGAAGCUAUAAUAAGGCGGUUGAAUGCGUGGUGGGGGGAGACUCUAGCACCGUGCCAGAAAGUUCCGAAAAAAAAUCGGAUGAAAAUUCCGAGGGUGACGCAAGUGCAGUGGAAAGGAUUCGAGAUGACGUGGAUCAAAACGCAUCUGAAUUUGUCGAUGGGAAAUUUCGUAAAUGUGAAGCUACGGGCGGUGACUAUGUGAACGUUGACGAACAUGAAGUUCACGGGGGCGGAGAUCAAGAUUAUGCGCUAGCAUUAAGUCUUCAGCAAGAAGAAAAUGAUCGUGAGGAGGAAUACCGUCGCAAAAAACAGCAACAACGUCAACGGGAACAAGAGAUGCAGCAACCACCGCAAAAACACAAUGAUAAUAUUAAUACCCACCUUUCUCCAUCUCAGUUGCAAAACGAUGCUACCUCGCAAGUUUCAGGCAAAUACCAAAUUUACGGUGACCAGUAA